CUUCUUUUUUCUUUUCUUUUCUUUAUCUUUCCCUUUCUCUUUCACUUUCUUUAUUCUUUUUUCUCUUUAGUUUUAUUAAAUGUUUCAAAAACCAAACGCAGUUGACACGCCUCGAUAUGAAAAGCCAAAUGCGUAUGACGAGGAAGAUAUGGCGGUGACAGCCAGUCGUCAUGGAAGCCGAAGCAGUCGGAUGACUACCGAUUCCUAUUCUAGUCGAUAUUUUUCAUAUCCAACUCAAGAAACGCCGAAUACUUCACCACCUUCAUCACCCAAGACAACAUUUCAACAUGUCAUGACUAACUCUAUUCUUAAACAAUCAUCGCCUACCACACAGACAUCAUUUACAGAAUUGGAAAUCAAUAAACAAGAAGAACAACGACAAAAAAGUGCUACGCUGCGUCACCAAAGAAGCAUGAUGUUGUUAAGGGAACAAGAAAUGCUCCGGUACUACAUUUUACGACACCGUGACAUUUACAACAGCGAUAGAGAGUUAGUCUAUCGAAAACUAAGUUCACGAUCAUGGACUUACCAACAAAAUACUCUAGUGGAUGUAGCCAAAGGAAAUAAAAAGAUUGCCUAUGUGAAAAGAAAGACUUUUAACAAAGACUACAUCACCAUCGAGUUGGAAGGAGAAAGUGAACCGGAAUACUUGAUAAAGAAACAGUUUACGACAAAUACAUUGCUAUUUGAAUACGAAACAUACUUUUAUGGAUCAAAGCUUAGGUGGAAGAGGCCAAGUUUAUUAUCCAAUGAUUUUACGUGUGAGAUCAAAGUGAUAUUAAAUUUGAACAAAACAAAAGAAGAUUAUAUUGACAGUGACAGUGAUGAAGAUACAGAUCAUGACUACCACAGUCAUAAGAAUUGCAGAAGAUGGAAGCUAUUAGCAGAGUAUAGUGAAGAAUGCUUAACCAUACAACGUCAUGUACUGAGUCAAAUAGGUGGUGACAAACGUGAUUUAUUAGAAGUAAAUUUAAUAAUCACUUGUUGUACAUUGAUGGAUGUGAUAAGAAAAGCCUUUUAAGUUUGUUAUUUUUCCUCCCUUAUUCCCCCUUUUAUCUUUAUAUAUAUUAUACAUGAAACAAUAAAAAGACUCCCCUCGAUGUCAAUAUGACAUAAACUAUUAUUUUUUAUAUAUAAAUCUUUUUUAU